AUGUUGGUGCAUAAUUUUUAUAAUGGUUUGAAUGGGACGACAAGAACAAUUAUAGAUGAUGCGGCGGGAGGUGCCUUUAUGAGCAAAAGUGCUAAUGAGGCAUAUGAGCUAUUAGAGGAGAUGGUGAUGAACAAUUACCAAUGGCCAAAUGAAAGGGGGCAGCCAAAGAAGGUGGCUGGAAUGAUGGAAGUGGAUGCCAUAACCAUGCUUACCGCUCAAGUAGCCGCUUUGACGAAGCAAUUGCAAAAGACUACCCUACCCUCUCAAGCUAUGCAAGUUCAAAACUCAUGUGAAGUGUGUGGUACAGCCCAUCAACCAAACCAAUGCCCUGCUACAGACAUGAAUAAUAUGCCCAUGGAAGAAGUCCAAGCCAUAGGAAAUUACCCAAGACAGCCUAACAAUCCCAAUUCCAUGACUUACAACCCAGCUUGGAAGAACCAUCCCAAUUUUUCCUGGUCUAACAACCAAAACACUCUCCAACCUUAUCCUCAACCUCAGCCACCUUAUAUACCUACCCAAAAUAGGCCACCCUAUCCCCAACAAUAUGCACACCAAAAUCCUCCACCGGGCUACUAUCAACCACAAAAUAGACCACCUCCACCCAUGCCAAUGAAACCAGCUGAAUCCCAACCUGAUUGCCAAGCUAUUACCUUGAGGAGUGGAGCGAAAUAUGAAGGGCCAAAGAAGAGUCAGUCAGUAGAAGAUGAGAAGAAGUUGGAUAAUAAAAAGGUUACUGAAGACCUUAAGAAAGAAGAGGAGACCCCACCUGUAACUAUUGAGCAUCAUGUUAGAGUUCCAUAUCCACAAAGACUUCGCAAGCAUAAUUUGGAUAAGCAGUUUGCAAAGUUUUUAGAGGUGUUCAAGAAGUUACACAUUAAUAUACCAUUUGCGGAAGCAUUAGAACAAAUGCCAAGCUAUGUAAAGUUCAUGAAGGAGAUUCUCUCAAAUAAGAGAAAAAUGGGUGAUUAUGAAACAGUGGCAUUAACAGAAGAAUGCAGCGCAAUUUUGCAACGGAAGCUUCCUCAAAAGUUGAGAGAUCCUGGGAGUUUUACCAUUCCAUGCACUAUUGGGGAGUUCGAAUGUAAGCAUGCCCUAUGUGAUUUGGGGGCGAGUAUUAAUUUAAUGCCUUUGUCAGUAUUCCGAAGGCUUGGUUUGGGGGAAGCUAGGCCAACUACAGUAACAUUACAGCUGGCUGAUAGAUCUGUGAAGCAUCCUCGUGGUAUUAUAGAAGAUGUGUUGGGAGAGUUGAAGCUGAGAGUUCAAGGGGAGGAAGUAGUAUUUAAUGUGUGUAAGGCUAUGACUUAUCCUAAAACAAGUGAUAGUUGUUUCUCUGUUGAUGUAGUCGAAGAAGUAGUGGAAAGGAAAACAUUAAGGGAGGAUCCUCUUGAGUUGAGUCUCACAGUUGAUGAUGUAGAUGGUGAGGAGAAUGAAGAGGUGAUGAGUUACUUAAAUUGGAUAAAAUCAGCUGAGCCUUGGAAACAUAAGAAAUUUGAAGAGUUGGGGGCAGGACCAGACAGACCAGUACCAUCGAUUCAGAAGCCACCUGUUUUAGAGUUAAAGGUUUUACCAGACCACCUUCGUUAUGCUUAUCUUGGGGAGAAAGAGACUCUUCCAGUUAUAGUCUCAUCAUUUCUUUCGGAGGUAGAGGAGGAGAAAUUGUUGAGGGUGUUACGGGCUCAUAAAACUGCUAUAGGGUGGACUUUGGCUGAUAUAAGAGGAAUUAGUCCAUCAACAGUCAUGCAUAGAAUUCUGAUGGAAGAUGAGGCGAAACCGACUAUCGACGCUCAAAGAAGGCUUAAUCCAACAAUGAAAGAAGUGGUGAGGAAAGAGAUUUUGAAGUGGUUGGAUGCUGGGGUGAUUUACCCAAUUUCUGAUAGUGCUUGGGUAAGCCCAGUGCAAGUGGUACCGAAAAAAGGGGGUAUGACAGUGAUAAAGAAUGAAAGCAAUGAAUUGAUUCCAACUAGGACAGUGAUGGGGUGUGAGGAGUCGCAUUUGGUGCUUAAUUGGGAAAAGUGCCACUUUAUGGUUAGUGAAGGCAUUGUAUUGGGGCACAAAAUUUCUAAGAAAGGAAUUGAAGUGGAUCGUGCUAAGAUUUCUACCAUAGAGAAUUUGCCACCGCCAAUUUCAGUUAAAGGAGUAAGGAGUUUCUUGGGCCAUGCGGGGUUUUAUCGAAGAUUUAUCAAAGACUUCUCUAAGAUCUCAAAGCCGUUGUCUAACUUGUUGAUGAAUGGGGUUCCGUUUGAUUUUAAUGAUGAUUGUUUGGCUGCUUUCAAGACUCUCAAGGAGAAGCUCAUUUCAGCCCCGAUAGUAUGUACUCCUAAUUGGGAACUUCCAUUUGAGCUUAUGUGCGAUGCUAGUGAUUAUGCGGUUGGAGCGGUUCUUGGGCAGCGAGUGGAUAAGGUAUUUCUAACUAUAUACUAUGCUAGUCGGACUUUAAAUGAUGCUCAACUGAAUUAUGCAACAACGGAAAAAGAACUUCUAGCCAUAGUUUAUGCCUUCGACAAGUUCCGUCCAUAUUUGAUUGGAAACAAGGUGGUAGUCUAUACGGAUCAUUCGGCAAUAAAGUAUCUCAUGACUAAGAAAGAUUCCGAGCCUCGUCUUAUUCGGUGGAUUUUUCUAUUACAAGAAUUUGAUGUGGAAAUUAAGGAUAAGAAGGGUACUGAGAACUUGGUGGCUGAUCAUCUGUCUCGUUUAGAAGUGGGGGUAAAUUCUCUUAAUAAAGAAGUUCAGAUUAAUGAUGCUUUUCCGGAUGAGCAGUUGUUCGAAGUGAAUGUUGGUAAGGAGGUUCCAUGGUUUGCGGACUAUGUAAAUUAUUUGGCUGCCAAGGUUGUACCCCCUGAAAUGACAAGGCAACAAUUAAAGAAGUUUUAUUCGGAGGUGAAGCAUUAUUAUUGGGAGGAGCCUACUCUGUACAAGCAUUGCCCGGAUCAAGUUAUUCGUAGAUGUGUUCCUGAGGAGGAGAUGUUGUCAAUCUUAACUCGCUGUCAUAGUUUGCAUUGCGGUGGUCAUUUUGGCAGAACAAGAACAGCUGCGAAAGUUUUGCAAAGUGGGUUUUACUGGCCUACAUUAUUUAAGGAUGCUAAUGAUUUUGUCAAAAGUUGCGACCGUUGUCAACGAACUGGGAACAUAACAAGAAGAGAUCAAAUGCCGAUGACCGCAACUCCUACUUGUGAUGGGAAGGAAGUUAUUAAAUUCCUUCAUAAAAAUAUGUUCACUCGAUUUGGUACUCCAAGAGCUAUUAUUAGUGAUCGGGGAAGUCAUUUUUGCAAUAAGUGGUUCACCGCUCUUUGUGCUCGUUAUGGUGUUCAUCAUCGCAAGGCAUUAUUUUAUCACCCAAUUGCAAAUGGCCAAGCUGAAGUAUCGAAUAGAGAAAUAAAAGGUAUCUUGGAAAAGACAAUAAAUACUUCGAGGAAGGAUUGGUCGAAGAAGCUCGAUGAUUCACUUUGGGCUUAUCGCACGGCAUUUAAAACUCUGAUUGGAAUGUCACCAUAUCGAUUGGUGUUUGGUAAGGCUUGUCAUCUACCGGUGGAAUUGGAGCAUAGAGCCUUUUGGGCUGUGAAAAAGUUGAAUGUUGAUCUCUUCAUGGCGGGGCAGAAUAGGCUUAUGGAGUUAAAUGAAUUGGAGGAAUUCCGAAAUGAAGCCUAUGAGAAUGCGAAGAUAUAUAAGGAGAAAUCGAAGGCUUUUCAUGAUAAGAAAAUAUUGAGGAAGGAUUUUCAACCAGGGGAUAAAGUUUUUCUUUUUAAUUCUAGGCUUAAACUUUUUCCUGGAAAACUGAAGUCAAGAUGGUCUGGACUGUAUACGGUAGUAUUUUCACUUCCUUAUGGAGCAGUACAAGUUCAUAGUGAAAAGACGGGAGAUUUUAAGGUGAACGGACAGAGAUUGAAGCAUUACUUGGAGGGACCGGUGGAGACAUGUAGAACCGUGGUUGAGUUGGAAUUGAUUUGA